AGAUAAUUGCGCGAUUUAUGUUUAAUUUGGUUAUUUCAAUACGAGAAGGUUAUCACACACAUUUCGAGAUUCGUAAACGAGACAUUACGGCAGCCAUUUUUAUUGACAAACCGUGGGAGGAGGGACCAAAACAAAACUAUGAGUUUCUUUGGUUUCGGCCAAAGUGCCGAAGUUGAAAUCCACUUGGAUGGCCAAGAUACACGGAAAACUGCUGAAAUCAAAACAGAGGAUGGGAAAAAAGAAAGGCACUACUUAUAUUAUGAUGGUGAAACCGUCUCCGGAAAGGUAAAUGUGAACCUCAAGAAAGCAGGAAGUAAAAUGGAGCACCAGGGCAUUAAAAUAGAGUUUAUAGGACAAAUAGAACUGUACUAUGACCGAGGCAACCACCACGAGUUCACAUCGUUAGUGAAGGAGUUGGCACGACCAGGAGAAAUGAGUCAAAACACAAGCUUCAACUUUGAGUUCCAACAAGUAGAAAAACCUUACGAAUCAUACACAGGUGCUAAUGUUAGAUUAAGAUAUUUCCUGCGUGUGACUAUAGUAAAGCGCCUAAGUGACUAUGUAAAGGAGCAGGAUAUCAUUGUUCACACACUGUCACAGUACCCUGAUAUGAAUUCCAGCAUCAAAAUGGAAGUCGGCAUAGAGGAUUGUUUACAUAUAGAGUUUGAAUAUAAUAAGUCAAAAUACCACUUGAAGGACGUUAUUGUUGGAAAGAUAUACUUUCUGCUAGUGCGGAUAAAAAUACGUUACAUGGAGUUAGCGAUUGUAAGACGAGAAGUGACUGGGGCAGGUCCCAACACGUUUAAUGAGAAUGAGACGAUAGCAAAGUAUGAGAUCAUGGAUGGAGCCCCAGUGAGAGGAGAGUCAAUACCAAUCCGGUUGUUCCUGAGUGGGUAUGAGUUGACGCCGACGAUGCGUGACAUCAACAAGAAGUUCUCUGUACGUUACUACCUGAACCUGGUCCUUGUAGAUGAGGAGGAACGCCGAUACUUCAAACAGCAGGAGAUCACUAUUUUCCGAAAAGCGGAUAAGGUUCGUAAACCAAUGACCCAAGGUCACCAGACCCACCGGUCCAUGAUGCAGCAUGCCAGCAAUCCUGCAAGGGAGCCUGUUGAAACUCCCGACCAGGAGAAGAACUCGAGCGACAAGGAGGAGACAGAAUGAUCUCCAUGGAAACCAACACUUUGUGGGCUGUUGCAAUAUAGAACACUGUGAACAUUGUUAGACAUCCAGAUAUGGUUUCAAUGACCUGAUAGGCUCAAACAACGUGGGUGAAAUGUAGCAAAGAUUUUUCAAAAUUAAUAAUGAUGACUGUAAAUUUGAAUUCUCCAUCUUAAAACUUACUGUAAUAUACUAAGCCUGUUGCAAUCCUGAAGCACAUUGCUUGUUUGUAAAGGUAUGGUUAUCAAACACAUUGUUUCAAACUUAAUAUAAUUGCUAAAUGAUUGUAUGCUUGGUUUACUAGUGUAUAUACCACUUGUUUCUGAGGCAACAAUGAUUAUUUUAGCGUGCUGUCAAACGUUACCUUAUUCAAGAACCUUGCCUAUACUUGAUAUAUGCAUGAACAUUUAAACCAGUGGGGUUUCAGAGUACUGAAAGCAAGAAAACGUUUUACCUGCAAGGAUCUUAACAAUGAAUGUUUGUGUUCUUGUGUAUACAGUUAGUGCUAACAUACUUUCUAGUCUUUCAGCCUCUAUAAAUGUCAUAGCAUUAACAAAAAUCAGAUAUCAGAGCUGUUUAUAAGACAAUGCUGCAAUAUUCCAGAGAGAUUUGGUUUCUAAUUUCAUAAGCGCACACACUCUCGCACACAUUAUCCUAAACUCUUCAAAUAAGCUGUUUAUUUCUUGGGCUUAAAAACCUGAAAAUCGCUGCCACAACAUGUUUUAAUUCCAGGUGAAGAACAAAAAUUCAAAAUGUCAUAUGUUCACCAGCUCAAGAUAUUAACAAAUGCUUCCAUUUUUGUUUGGAAUGGAAACAAAAGAUCUAUGUAAAAAAAUAUCAAUAUUUUCCCGCACUUAAAAUUUCUCUAUUUCAUGUUUGUACAACGUAUUGGUUACCGUUAACUCAUUUUUACCAUUCAUAUUUGAUGUUAUGUUGUCUUGUAAAAAAAAAGAUUUGAAAUUCAUCCAGGUUAUUGUUGAAAGCUUAUUUGUUAUGAUUGGACUUUCAUUUACUAAAUUGAAGGUUACGCCAUUGUGUGGUGAUUUUUGAAAAUUACUAUAGUUUUAUUCAACAUAAUAAAAUGCAUCAAUAGCAUAUUGGUGAACUAACAACAGUAACCAUAUGUACAGCUAAUGUAGACACAAAUAUUACAUGCAUUACUUCUUUCAAAAACCAUGCAAAUUAUGAAAGCUUAUUUUGUAGAUAAAUGGCAACCCAUUUAUGCAAAUGUAAUAUUCAGGAUUGUUUAUACUUCCAAUGGACUCAUUCUGUUGUUUAAUUCCUCUAGAAAAUUGCUGUUAUUAAUUUGCAGUAUAAUAAUGACUUUGUUGUGUUAGUAUGCAUGCUAUUCAUUUGAAUGAUGUCGCCAGCAUAUCAUGGCAGAUAUAUAGGGGUCAGAUUGUCUGCACCGUCCAGGUCACACUUUUAUUUCUGCUCACUUAAUUGAGCAUUUCUCAUCCAAUCUUUACCAAAUGUGGUCACAUUGAUGAAGGACAUAAUGUCACAGCCAUGUUUGAAUAACAAAAUUCACUGGUGAGUAGUGGUCCUUGAAUUGUCAACAAUAAUAAAAUAAAACGUAGUAUAAGGAGGCAACAACUUCACGAUAACAUGGUACAGAUACAUGUACUGUUGCUUGCAGAAGCCACUUGGUUAAUAAAAAAACCUUAUUUCCUUAGUUGUGGAAAUACACCCACAUGGUAUGUUCCACGCGAUUCUCCUUGUUGACAGUGAAUUGAAAAAAAAACCCAUUGGCUUGUCAAAUAGUUAAUUUUUAAGUUUCUGAUCUGCAAGUUAUUCUAGUGCUUUGAUAACUGUAUUUCUCCAGCUCAAAUCUUUCUGCCUCAACACUCAUUAAAAUAACUUUGAACAUCAGCCAAAUUCAAUGUUUCAAAGUCAACUUAGUUUAAAAAAAAAUAUAUGUAGAAAGAACACUGACAUAAACUGACAUAAACGUUAUAAGAGUAAAUAUUUUCCUUGUGCAUCUCAAAUCUAUUUUAUUUUAAAGAAGGUUCUUAUUAAGACUAAACUGUUUGACAGCGAACGCAUCACUGCUGUGCUCUUGGAAAUGUUAAAUUGUUUUGUUAUCAGUGUUUGCGUUACAUCUUAGUAAAGAAGACUUUUGUUAGGUCAAGAUUAUUCGGUUAUCUUGCUUUAAGACACAAUUAGUUGACAAGAGGUUUCAAGGUGAAGUCUUAUAAAUGUGAUUGUUUAAAUAAACUCGGAAGAAUUAUACAGGAGUAUUGUAGCUUUGGUGUAGUUCCCUCCUGACCAUGCUGUAGUUUCCUCCUGACUAUGCUGUAGUUUCCUCCUGACUAUGCUGUAGUUUCCUCCUGACUAUGCUGUAGUUCCCUCCUGACUAUGCUGUAGUUCCCUCCUGACUAUGCUGUAGUUCCCUCCUGACCAUGCUGUAGUUCCCUCCUGACUAUGCUGUAGUUCCCUCCUGACUAUGCUGUAGUUCCCUCCUGACUAUGCUGUAGUUCCCUCCUGACCAUGCUGUAGUUCCCUCCUGACCAUGCUGUAGUUCCCUCCUGACUAUGCUGUAGUUCCCUCCUGACCAUGCUGUAGUUCCCUCCUGACUAUGCUGUAGUUCCCUCCUGACCAUGCUGUAGUUCCCUCCUGACCAUGCUGUAGUUCCCUCCUGACUAUGCUGUAGUUCCCUCCUGACUAUGCUGUAGUUCCCUCCUGACUAUGCUGUAGUUCCCUCCUGACUAUGCUGUAGUUCCCUCCUGACUAUGCUGUAGUUCCCUCCUGACCAUGCUGUAGUUCCCUCCUGACUAUGCUGUAGUUCCCUCCUGACCAUGCUGUAGUUCCCUCCUGACUAUGCUGUAGUUCCCUCCUGACCAUGCUGUAGUUUCCUCCUGACUAUGCUGUAGUUCCCUCCUGACUAUGCUGUAGUUCCCCCCUGACUAUGCUGUAGUUCCCUCCUGACCAUGCUGUAGUUCCCUCCUGACUAUGCUGUAGUUCCCUCCUGACUAUGCUGUAGUUCCCUCCUGACUAUGCUGUAGUUCCCUCCUGACCGUGCAAGUGUAGAUUGUUCAUGUGUACAAGCAUUCCAGUAUUCAUUGUCACAUUUCAUGUUCAUCACUGUAGUGUAUGGGCUUCAUAAAAGAUGGAUUCAGAUUGAUUCUUAUCGCAUAAUGAUUGAUGUUUCAAGUUUGUGAAAUUUUAAAACCAUAAAAAAACAAUUUUUAAAGUGUUGCAUCUUAGAGUUUGUUGUUUGUAAUGAGUAAAUGUGUUGUUGUGUUUAUUUUAUAAUACAGAAACUAUGAGAAGUUGCAUAUUUCUCACAGUUUGGUAUAUGAAAUAUACAUUGAGAAUUAUGCUGUCACAGUGAUAAAAAAUAGCAUGCAAGCAUAGAACUUUUUAUUGAACAAAUGUACUUGAUAUGGAUUUAAGUGUAAACAUUUGUUUAUAUGUAUUAUUGUAUUAUAUGACAAAAUCAUGUUACAUGCAUAAAACCAUUGAUGAAAUACGUUAUUUAUAAAAAGUAAAUAAAUAUUAAUUGAU